CACCCAGCGACAUCAAAAUUUUUCGUCAAGAUUCGGAAGCGCCAGUGAGACUCAGCGAGGAAUACAUGACCCCUUGAGGCAACCUGUAUUUUCUCAUAUGCUCCGUCGGCUGGUGUCUUCGCGGUAGAAAUCUUGUUUUAGUCUUUCCGCCCUUCUCGAUCGCAAUUUUUACGAAAAAGCAUCCCCGUGGUCAAUCAUGCCUACCGCCGCGGAUGUAAGCUCUGGAGUGGGCGUGGUUACCAGCACGACUCCGUCUGCGUCUUCAGCCGCGAAAACGCUCGACACAAGUGUGACUAAACGACCAACCAGUGAAGAGGCGGAGGACCAAGAAGAACACGUCCUGACCGCGACCCCGCCCACCCCUCCGACAGACGCAAUGGACGAACAAGCGACUAGGAAAGCUUCCUCGGAGAUGAAAGAGGAGGAUAAAGAUGAAAAAGGAUCACGACCACGACAAGCAUCCGCGUCUGUCCCUGACAAUCCUCCUGUGAAGAACACGAGACCUUCUGUAGUUGCACCAGCUAGAAGUAGUACAACUUCACCGCAGCAGCGCUUGGAAAUCUUGAAAGCGUGGCUGGCCGAGAAGAAAUGCGAGUUGCCGAAUUACCUGGAAGUCGCGUUCACAAAAGAAAAGGGGAUGCACAUUCGGGUGAGGGAAGACUUGGGGAAGUUUUGUGAUCCUGCUUCAACCACCUCCUUCGAGACCGACAGCCCUUUCUUUGCGAAGAUUCCGGCAAAUGCGAUUCUGUCGUGCAAUGACCUCCCAGAGUGCUGCCGGAAGCAGCCGCCAAAGGAGCUGGAGAAUUGGUCGGGCGUGCAGGACCUGUGGGUCUUUCUGGUCAUGGUAAAGACCGGACGGCUGGAAUCAAGAGAAUACGGCGGGUACAUCCAGAGUCUGCCGCCGAUUGUUUACGGGGCAGAAGGGAGAAAAGAAGGUUUUUCGGGCGAAGAGGAGUUGAGUAAAAACAAGCAAGGAAAAGUCCAUCACGACGACAUGCAGCCGGAGGCGAAGGUUCGAAAGAUUUGCACUGCAGCGUCUGGAGGAGCAGGAGCACCAUCACCACCACCACCUUCUGAGGACCGCGAUGGCGCGACUGGCAUGGCUAAAAAUCCCACGCCCGCUGGUUCCUCUUCUACCAGCAGCACCUGUGACUACGAACAAAGUGCAAAACCGCAGAUAAACGACCACGACCCUGACUCCGAUUUCGGCCCCGACGACCCUACGCACUGGAGCACGGAGGAUUUGCACCAGUUUCUGCCGCAGACGAACUUGCUACUGGAAACCACCCGGCUGGUCGAAAUCUUGAAGUGCCAGGUCGACACCUUCGCUUUUCCCCAGUAUGGGAUUUGCCUCGAGGAGUGGAAGUGGGCACGGUCGGUCUACACGUCGCGCGCGUUUACGGCGGCUUUGAAGAAGAAUUCAACUUGCCCGGUCAUGCUCCCCCUGAUCGAUGUUUUUAACCACAAGGCGGUGGAUAACCCUGUUGAGGUCUGUCGCUAUUUCGAGAACAAGGCAAAAGAACUGCAAGCAUCGACGACGGGCGCCGGGCAUCAAGAAGACCAAAAUCAGGCAGCUGAGAUUUCGCCCGCGGUGCUGCAAGAACUGGAGCAACCGUCUUCCUCGCAAAGGAAGAAACGGACUCUGAUGGGGUGUUUAUUCGACGAGGAUGUUGUAAGUGGGGAUAAAAAAAGAAACGAACAAAGUAGUACGGUGGAAGCAAGUGGUCGAAACACAGUCCUAUCAGCCAAAACUACUACAGAAGACGCGGACGUGGUUCUGUGUGUGAAGCCUGAGCAAGCCGAUACUUUCGAGCUGGAGCUCCAGCCGGGCCAGGAAGUUUUCAACAACUACGGACCGAAGGGAAAUGAGGAGCUCUUGCUCGGGUUCGGCUUUACAAUUGAGAAUAAUUGUUUCGACUGCAUGCAGCUACGCGUCACCGUAGAGGUGAAGGAGAAGGCGAAAUUCGACCAGAUUCUGCGCAAAUUUCCGAAAGCUUACUGUCUGUCCGAGGAAGGUGAAACGCAAACGACGGACGAACGGACUGGAACUGCAAGGAACGACACCCGCAGCGAUUCCAGUAAGUCGAGCACCUAUGACGGGUCGAAAAGUUCGCAGAGACCCAAAAUCCUGAAGGUGGAAUACCCGCGAAUUUCCGUCGGGCCGUUCUUCUUGAAGAAAAGUUGUGGGCGGAAGAUGGAAGCAGGUAAUCGUGGUGAGAACAACGACUUGCCACGACAGGCGAACGCAGGGAGACUUGCGGGAGAACAACCGGCGGAAGGAGGAGCGAGCACUGCGAUGCAGGCUUCUGCGAUUAUCGACAUCGCACGGCGAGCAGCGGAAUUUUGGAUGUUCUCGAAGGAAGAAGGCGUAGAAGCGUCCCCGGCUUCGUCAGAAGGAAAUGUCGUAAAAAGUGCUGCAGAUGACGACAUUCAGAAACAUCAAGUCCAGCAUCCCGAUACAUUUGUGCUUCCCGUUCAGACAAACUCACGCGCAUCAAAAGCGACGGCUUCAUCUUCCUCAUGUGAUACCACCCGAGAAAUCCCCCUCGCCCUCCUCGCUCUUUUUCUCCAUGUGCACUACGACAAAACGCCCAGCGACGGCGAAGGCUGUCCCGUUGGGGAGGCGAUUUUCCACGCCUUCGAGCAGCUGGCCCAGUGCUUCUACGAGAAAACAAAGAAGCUGCCGUGCUUUGAUGAGGCAAAAACAGCGCAGGCAGAAGAGACGCUUGUUCAUUCGAGCGAGGAGUUCGUUCUGCGACGGCGGACGGGAAACUACGUCGAGUUUCUGAAUAGCAGUCCGAGCGGUGGAGAAGCUUUUAACGCAGAGGGAAAAGAUCAUAAUUUGGAUCUCAACACAACAAAAAUGGCGAAAACAAUAACCGCGAAGAGAAGGCGACGGGCGGAAUUCGCCUCGACGUAUGUGCACGGGCAAUGGGAGUUGGGGUUUGGCGUAGUCGAGGAGUUGAAGACUGUCGGCAAUAUUUUGGAAGAGUUCUAUCUGGAACAGGAUGGGGCAACACCGAGCCAGGUUUGUCAGCUGUUUGAAAACGCGUUCGGAGGUGAUGCUCGGUAAGAGCCGCAGAAGCCGCUCCUACCAAAGGACAAGUUUCUUCACAGUCAUGCCGUCCUAGAUUUAUUCUCUUUCUCGAUAGCGACAAAGAAAAACGACCAGAAAGAGAAAGUGCUGAAUGUAAGCUACUGUGCUGCGGGAAGCGACUAAAGUCAAUAAAU